AUGGAAGAGCUUUCGUCUCAACCCAACUCCCCCGCGUCCGCUGGUGGACCCCUCCAGAUGGCAUCGCCCGACCGCGUGAACCAGCGCCGCGACAUCUUUGCCAGCGUCCGCCCGCCAGCCGGAGACGGAGGCCGCGACAGCACGGUGCACGACAAGAUCAGCCAGUUUAACAGCCUCAGCAUGAGCAUGCAGUCACGGCAGCUGGAGCGCAAGAGCGCCGAUGCGGCGCUGAAGCGAGCCAUGUUGGGGCGCGAGGAGGCCGAGGCCGAGAUGAAGCGCCUGAAGGAGGAGGCGCGAGUCUUGCGGCAGGAAAUCGAGGAUGGCAAGGAGCGGGAGAGGAGAGUUGGCGAGCGAUUGGAAACCAUCAUGGAAAACUAUGGACGCGCCAAGGAGACACAUGCGCACACCGAGGCUCUUUGGGAAAAAGAAAUCAGACGUGCGAGAAAAGAAAACUUCAAGGCCCAGUCGACCAUUGUCAAACUCCAGGAGGAUCUCAAAAACACCCGCGCCGCAACCAAAUUAGUCGAAGAAUCACUACAACAUGAAAAGGACCGCUGCCAGGCUCAGGAACAAGAGACUAAGAAAGCUCAGGCUACCAUUGCCCAGCUCCAGGAGGAGAUGAAGGCCCACAGCGCCGAGACCAACUCCAUCGAAGAAUCGCUACGAUAUGAAAAGGACAGGUUCCAGGCUCAAGAGCAAGAAACUCUGAAGGCUCAGGCUACCAUUGCCAAACUGGAAGAGGAAAUCAAGGCCCACAGCGCCGAGAACAACUCGAUCGAAGAAUCGCUGCAGUAUGAAAAAGAUAGGAGCCAGACCCGAGACCAGGAGCUCUUCAAGGCCCGAUCUGCCAUUACUAAGCUUCACGAAGACCUCAAAACUGCCCGCGGUGCCACAAAGACUGCCCAAGAGUCACUACUUAAGGAGAAGGAGAAGACUCGCGCUCAAGAGCAUGAAAUUUUCGAAGCGAAAUACCAAGCUAGCAGCUUACAAGAUCAGCUCGAGCAAGCACUUGAGCGGAUGAAGCUGGUGGAACAGGAGCGAGAUGCCUACAAGACUGCCGCCAAGAACGAGGAAGUUGCGCGUCUCGCUGCAGAGGGACGCAUUCCUCUCCCUGCCGAGGAAGCGGAUGACGAGUUUGCGUCUCCCCCUAGAAAGAGAAGAAUCGCAUCGACAAUCAGGUGCAAAGACCCCCGCGUCUCUCUCUCCACCAUGGAAGUCGUCUCGUCGGCUUCUCUUGAGCUAGAACUCGAGGAGCUUAGUGAGCAGGUGCAGUGGGAAAGGCAGAGAGCUGACCGAGCUCAAGAAAUGAUUGAGUUCAUGCAGGCCGAAUGCCAGAUGCACUGCUGCCCUGCCUCCAAGUCUAAACGCCGAACUAGCAUGUUGGCCAUGCAGCUCCCUCGUGCUUCUCCUCAAAAGUCGAGGCUCUCUUUGGAGGCCACCAUCCAGGAAGAGAGAAGCGCACCUCCUGAACAUGUUCCCUCACCCGCCCAGCAGCAGGACUUGAAGCCGGCAAAGGUCAGGAAGGGCGCCAGGCGGAGUACCGUCUUUUUGCCCCAGGAGGGCGUCUUCCGCACGGUAUCCGAGCAAGAGGCCAUUGAGCUAGAAGCUCAGCGCAAGGCGGAGAUUGUGAUUGAGGCUCACGAAGAGACUGAGCCGGAGUUGUCUCCCUCCAAAGGAAAACAAGAGGCACAUCAACGUACGUUUGCGAGAACACCACCUGUCGAGCCUUCAGCCUAUGAUUUUGCCCCAAGCAGAGCAUCCCUCAUGUCGCUCAUCGACACUCCGCGAAUUAAUGCUCAAGCUGACUCUCUGCCCAAUUUGCAUAGCAUCCCGACGGUUUCUGACAACAACUCCGCACAAGAGGGGUUAAAGCGAUACUUGGCAGCGGUAGCAGAAGACGAGAUGGAUGUGAAGCCAGAGGUGGUGCCAGAACCAGAACCAUUCUCUUUGCCUCAGAAACGUCCAUCUGCUGGCUCGUCUCGGUCUUCUUCAAAAGCCGUCUAUACCGUGACGACUACAGUCCCGCUUCAAGACGAACGAUCCUCUAGCUUAAAUUUCAGCCAGAGAUUGCGAACGGCAUCCAGCAGCAGCAGCGCGAGCUUCGACACGACUGAUCCGGCAAUGGAUCCCACCAUGACUCGCGAAGAAGCUCUGGCCAAGAUUCAGGAGAGGAGAGGACGUGCUAGGAGUGUGACCAGAGGCCCGGCUCCAUCGCAGAGCCGUCCAACUUCUGCCAUGAGUCGGCCAGCGUCUGCCAUGAGCCGUCCAACGUCUGCCAUGAGCCGAAGAGACCUGAGCAGAAUGGGCAGAGCUGGGAGCAGAUCUAGGUCCAGAAACUCAUGA